AUGAUUUUAUGUAAAUUUACAUUGUUUUCAUUGUUGUCAUCAAAUGCUUUAACCUGGUACUUUAGUGUAUUUUCAAUCUCACCUGAGCAUCACGUUUUUUUCAGGCGGUCGUUUGGUAUUCUUGUGUUUCCAACGAAAGGGUUGCUUUAAGCAUAUUGUUUCCGUUUUACAACGAACCUAGAUCUCAAAAAAUUUCUUAUUUAUCAAUAUUGAUUCGUUCACCAACAUCUUUUGCUAAAUUGGUCAUUACCAACUCUGUUUAAAAUGAAUGCAAACAGUAAUGUGCCGGGUAAAGUGACGAUCAAAGUGAAAUUGAGUGAUGAAGAUUAUCAUGAUAUUGUUCUUGACUGGUCAGAUGAAAGUUGUGAAUACAAACAGCAACUAUUUAUGCGAAAGCUUGCUUCAUUCACCAGAGUACCGAUUGAAUACUUCACAAGUGUAAUCGUGUCUCAUGAACAAGAUACACGCAUUUUUCACAACCAAGAAACUAAAUACAGAAUUGACAUGUUUAAACCUGUUGAAAAUGAAACUUUUAUGAGUAUUUUCAGCGAUGGCGAUUGUUUCUGUCUAAAUACAAUAUUUUUUUGGUCAAACCUAGAUAAUGGUCUUGUGAUACAAUUUGAACUAGAGUCUUCAGAUCGGGCUAAUGUUUCACAAUGUAGCCGAUUCUGGUGUCAAUACACGAGUACUAGAAGUUUAAUGGAUAAAAGAGUAAAAAUACUUACAAAUUCUGAGUUGAAUGCAAAACUCAAUGCUGCAAGCGAGAGACGGCAUGUUGAUAAUGGUGCUGAGUUUAGGAGACUCUAUUUCGGUUACAAUAUCAAUCAAGUUCACUCAAUGUACUUUCAUUGUCGUUCCGAAGAUAUGGACUUCCUCCCCGAACGUCUUUAUUCACCGAAUCGUGGUUAAUUUUAAUUUUAUAUUUAACAUUCUAAGUAUCAAUUGAAUCCGUUUCUGCGCCGAAAGAGAAGAAUACUUAAUGUUUUUAUUUUUUCCUUGCAUCUGAUACAAUGGAAAUAAAUUUUCGUGAUCAAGUGAUCUGCAAGCUUAAACUAAUUAAACCGUAUUCAGAAGGUCAAUUAUUAGCCCUUCAUACAAAUA